CUUCUCAUUUGUGUGAGUCAUGCUUCUGCUGUGAGCGAGUUGGCAGCUCUAAGCAGGACUGGGAUCUCUGUCACAGAAAACUCUUACUUCACCCAACCUUAACGGGGAACCAUAAGAAAUUUCUCUAAAAAGAAUUUUUUUUUGUUUUUUCCUUAUAGUCAUCUCUUUUUUACUCCAAAUUCUUGUUAUCUGCCCACAUUGUUAUGAAUUUCUAUCUAUGUUAGCACAGGCAUCUCCUGUGUUGGCAUUAGAUUUGCCAGAACAUAUGCAGGAAACCAGAUAGAAGGGCAUGCUUCAACGUACCAAGUAUAACCGCUUCAGGAAUGAUUCAGUGACAUCAGUUGAUGAUCUUAUUCACAAUUUGUCCAUGAACAGCAAGGUCUCAGCAGUUGCCACGACUUCAGCAUCUUCGUACCUGGUCUCGCCAGAGGUUCUCCGCAAGGACCAGGAAGAUGGACCCACCACUCUAUGUACCCUCAUCCAUAAAGUGUCCCACUUGAAACUCUCUAACACAGGCAGCCUUUUGGGUAUCAAAAACCUCUCCUCUGCAGUAAAAGAGCUUGCUGUCUCCAAGUUGCAGGGAAGCUCGAGUGCUUCUAGCUCAGCAGCAGGGGCUUCAGACAACACAUGUAACCUUGUCUCUGCCACUUCGUGUUCUCAGCAGGACAUGAGCAAGAUGAGUAUGGGGAAAAAAACGCGGUCAGAGGAAAUGCACCGGGGAGGUGAAGACUGGAAUCAAAGUAGCAACUCUGUCAGUAAAUCCUCUCGAGGAUGGUUGCACUCGAGUGAGAAGAUCCUGGGACCUGGUGUGACGUACACGGUGAAGAGUUUGCUUCAAAUGAGUUGGACCUGGUUUUCAAUCUUGUACCGUUACUUUGCUUUAAAGGACUUGGAGCAAAUAAAGUACUUGGGGUGUAUAGAAGUCUUACGCUCAAUGAGAUCUCUUGACUUCAAUACUAGAACACAGAUUGCAAGGGAAGCAAUCAGUCGUGUUUGUGAAGCUGUGCCUGGUGCCAAAGGAGCCUUCAAGAAACGAAAGCCACCAAGCAAAAUUCUUUCUAGCAUCUUGGGAAAGAGCAAUCUUCAGUUUUCAGGAAUGAGCAUAAUGCUGAACAUCUCCACCACCAGCUUAAACCUAAUGACUCCUGAUACAAAACAGAUCAUAGCAAAUCACCACAUGCAAUCUAUUUCCUUUGCAUCUGGAGGUGACCUGGAUACAACUGACUAUGUUGCAUAUGUAGCUAAGGAUCCUGUUAAUCGGAGAGCUUGUCAUAUACUGGAAUGCUGUGAUGGCCUGGCACAGGAUGUCAUCAGCACCAUAGGGCAGGCGUUCGAGCUGCGAUUUAAACAGUAUUUGCGAUGCCCCUCUAAGAUGCCCACUUUCCACGACAGGAUGCAGAGCUUUGACGAGCCAUGGAUGGAGGAAGAUAAUGAGGCAACAGAACGUUCCUAUUACAACAACAUCCCAAAUAAAAUGCCCCCUCCUGGUGGUUUCCUUGAUGCCAGGCUCAAAACAAGACUUCCUUCUGCUGCAGAUACAACUCAGUCUGCAGCAGGAGUGGGAGUUGAGCAAGCCUAUUACCAGAGUCGUCACUUAGGAGACAAACUCAGUGAAGACUGGCAUCAUGGGCCUGUUAAGCAGGGAUCUCUGGAUAUUUGUGCUAUGCCAGAAGGGAGGUCACAAGUAACCCCAACAGCAGAGAUGCCGACGUAUGUAAACACCCAACAUAUAAAUACAGAAGCUCUACUGGCACUUCAGGCAGAUGCUGAAAGCACCUUCAGUGGAACAGCAGAUGAUACCAAAGACAGCAGCCCAGGAAAGGAUCUCUUUGACAUGAAACCAUUUGAAGAUGCCCUCAGGAACCAAAUAUCUGGCAACACCUUGAGGAAAUCCACCUCCACAGGAUGCACCAGUCCCCUUUUAUCCAGAGCAUCUGCCUGGACUGUAGCUGAAGAGCUGAGUGCAGAGCCAUGGUAUCAAGGAGAAAUGAGCAGGAAAGACGCAGAACAGUUGUUAAAGAAGUGUGGAGACUUCCUCGUGAGGAAGAGUACCACAAAUCCUGGUUGCUAUGUGCUGACAGGCAUGCACAAUGGACAAGCCAAACAUCUUCUUUUAGUGGACCCAGAAGGAACUGUUCGUACAAAAGAUCGUGUCUUUGACAGCAUAAGUCAUCUCAUCAAUCAUCACCUCGAGAACCAUUUGCCAAUAGUUUCUUCUGGGAGUGAACUCUGCCUGCAGCAGCCUGCCGAGAAGAAAAACUGACUCUUCAUAACUGUUUUAGUUUCUGUAAUUUGCAAGCUAAAUCUGGUCGAAAUUGCAGAUCUGAUAAAACAGGCGCAUUACAAGCCUCCCGCGUAGUCACAUAUAUUUCACCCGUAUGUUUUCUCUAGGUUUAAGGCCCAAUUCAUGUAGUACACUUGAAAAUUCUCAAUGCUUUAUGUAAACAUAAGUCACAGCAGGCUUUCUUAAUGUGAAUAUUGAUAGUGUAUAUACACACAUUAUAUAUAUAAAUACAGUAUAUAUUUAUAUUUUUCAAGUCAGUCUGUUGACAGUAUAGAACUGUGCCAUCUGUUUUUACUAGAAGAAAAAUGACAAUAGCGAUUGUUCAAAUAAAAAUUCAGCAGUCUCAUUUUCUUGAGAAAAUUAAUAGCAGGAAUCUUAUUUCUGAUUUUACCUAAGAAGCACAACUAUGGGGAUUAUAGGUGGAUUACACUGGGUAACCACAGAAGUUGGAAUUUAGCAACUAGCAUUCCAACUCGGAAAUUUAGCAUAAAAUGAUUUUUAAAACUGUUAUUCAAUAUCACUAAGAUGAAAAGUGUUUUUUCUGAUGUCAAGUUUGAAUUCUUAUAUGAUGCUACUCAAAAUAUUUGUACCUUCCUUUACCAAUGACUUGGUGUGAUCUCUCUGUGUACAAGAUGUGUGCAUUUUAUUUUUCUAAUGAUAAUAUAACAAUAUUCUGCAACUCUAAUUUGUUAAUUUGAUUGCCAACGUCAUUUGUAAGUAGUUAUCUGCUUAUGGUGAAGAUAUAGGUGUUUUUGACUACCAGUCUCCAAUGAGAUGUCACAUACCAACUAUGGAAGUUGAAGUAACUCGUGUUUAAUAGGUUUAGCACAAGACAGAUGUUCAAACACAUAGCUGAAAAAUCUGCUCCUCUUCUAAACAGUGAAAACUAUCAUGACUCAGUGGUCCGUUUUGCAAAUGGUUCCAUUUGCAUUUAUCUACCAAAGCAUAACUUGACUUUGGCCUUCAGCAAGUGAUAAGUAUUGCAAAUACACUGCUUUUUUUCUAAAUAUGAAUUUGAGAAGUACACAUAACAUUAGACAUGCAUGUCUGGCAGAAAUUCCCUUGAUACUGGGAAAUAAAUGUUUUAAGGAAGGUUUGUACUAUUCAAACACAAGCAUUAUAUGAAGUUACUUUCCUAUUGUGUGAAGCUUAUUAGGAACCAGUUUCAGUAAACACAAUUUCUGUAAAAGUGAAGUUUGUGCUACAUUCAAGAUUUAUCCUUCAGCACUUGAAGGUCUUCUCUAGCCCCAGUACCUCAAAUCAAAUCUUUGCACUUCAUUCAUAAAGGCCAAGACUUAGCAGGGUAAGUCUAGGUUAAGCACCUGCUACUCAGUCUACUUAAAGUUAGAUUUAGUUUAGAUUUAGUUUUAAGGAUUCGUUAUUUAAAAAUUUGUGAAACUACGACCAAACUGACUGAUGGGUUCACUCAGAAUAGACUUGGGAAAGAUCGUGAUCGUAAAUAGUUUCUUGUACUUGCUGCUUUGAAAUAAGGUAAAUUUCCAAUUUGGGAAGUUUGGUUUUGGUUGAUCUCAAGAACAAAAAUGAUUGCAGCAUCUAAGACUAAUCAUGUGAUCUGUGCAAUAAAAUACAGUUGAUUUUGUAAUCAGGACAUUCAGAAGGCAAACAAAGACAUUGGUGAACCAAAUGCUUGCAAUUAAUUUUAUUGUAGAUCGUCAUUAGCUGAUGCUUUGAAUCUUGGUGGGAGCUGAGAGCAAAGAAAAGAAAUCGAACGCUGUAUCACUACCCAAAUUACUGUGACACUGAGGUUAGCAGAAUUCUUAACAUGUGAUUUUUCCUUUCAUCCGGUUGGAAAACGCAAGGCAUUGUGAAUCUUAUACCCCAAAGCAGUAUGCAUCACAAAUUACUUCAUUUAAGAGAAUUUGUGUCUCACUGUAUUCUAAGUAUCUCAAAUUCCACCUUUUUUUGUCAUAUGUAACACUUGUCAUACCAUGCUCCCAUCUCCUUAUUAACAUGUCCUUGAAAGUUUUUAGUGUGCUACCACUAUCAGUACAAGAAGGCCUCUUUUGUACUUUUAAAGUUGAGUAUUACUUCAGUAAAAGCCUAACUCAGGUGCCUUCAAAAAUUCCACUUCCUUCCACUGUCCAUUUCAGAUUCCUAAAUACCCUAUCAGUGUAUGCCUGGAAACAUUUGGCAAGAUAUGGGUGUAUGAAUGAAUGCAGUAAAUAUACACUGACAUAAGGAUCUAAAACUUCUUGCCAUUGGCCUAGAUGUAGCUUUAAUAACUUAGCAGCCACUUAGCUGUUGAGUUUUGGAAAUUAAAGCAGGUGGCAAGGAGAGACAAAGUGCAACAGCUUGACUGAAGUAUUACAUUCCCCUGACUACAUUUCACAAACUCUGUCUCCGGGAAAAUGUGGCUUUUUAAAGCUGCUCUGUCAGCACAGUCUAUUUGCCUAGCUCAGCAUGCCAAGUGAUGAGGUAGAGGUUACACACAGCUUGAUCAAAUGCUGUUUUGUCCGAGGUAGAGAUUGUGCCUUUGGGCUGCAACAGUGCCCUGCUGCCACAGUGGACCAGCAGAUCUUGUCUAGCCAGGUGUGAUGAUCUAGGGGCUUUUCUAAGUCACUGGGAGCUAAGUGAUGUCAAAGCUGUCCAGGAAGGGAGGGCAUUGGGUUAAUCAAUCAUCCUUCUGCAGAUUAUGCCUUUGCUUUUUCACUUCGAUAAAUCUGGCUUUCCCCUAUGUGCAAAUGGUAUAAAAAAAAUGUAUAGUUAUUUUGAUAGCAGUUCCAAACCUGUUGUUACUAAAGUGGAAAGCCACGUUACUCUGAGCUCAACAAGAGCUCAUUCAACUUGCUGGAGAGUCAGGGCUCAUUGCUGUGAGGAGCCAACAACCCCAGCAUUUAAGAAAUUAAGGAUCUAUAGAAUGCUGUGUAAUUGACUGAAAAAUGGACAGCUGACAGAGCUCCCAUUGCCUUUUGUUUUUUAUUCUCUUUUAUUCAGUCCGAAGGGCUAGGCACUUGCUGGUGGUAACUCAGCACUACAAUUUCAAGAACUCAAAAUUUUACUGAAAGAACAAAUACAUUAGACUCAAUAGAAAUCUCUGAGAUUAGACAAUACCAUGGUAGCCUUUGCUGUUUUCCCAGAUUGCAGAGGAGUCAGAUCUGAAUCUCUAAAUAUUCUACAUGAUAUCAACACUGACUUUGAGUCCUAUCUGAUGAUCGUAUUUGAUUCCAGUUGAGUUGCAACUGUGUGAAAAAUGAAAACACGUUCUGUUUCUUUAAGCAAAUAGUUUUUGAAAGUGAAUCAAAUACUUCUUACUCAUUUAAAUGCAGAUCUAGUUAUAAUUACAACAAAAUUUUCCAGUAAGGCUGGCAAUGAUAGAUUUGACAUUGAGGUACAGCUAUAUUCCCAAACUUUCAGUUAUUUGAGAUACCUCCGGAGCGAUGACACCUCAAAGGCAGAGAAUGUGAUUUGAAAACUGACAUAUUUUUAGUUCAGUGGGAGUUUUGCUCAGAGUGAGGACUACUAUGUUCCCUUCCCUAAUGCAAGAAGAGGAAUCUUCAGAUUGGACAUGGCUGGGUGAAGACCAUAGGAGGAGUUGUGAUUAUCAUGGCUUACUGACUUCUUCCCUGCCAAGGGCUUUGCACAUUCAUUUGGAAUAAUUAUACAGUAGCUUUCCUUCAUUUCAUAUCCUAUAUGUGUUAAUGCCUGUUCUGCCAGAAGCCUCUCAGUCACACAUAUGCAGUCAAAGCUCGAACACAGGACACACUCUUGGAAUCAGAAUUUGAGUAUAAGAUGUGCACUGUCACCAGAAGGAAACAUUCAGUAAUGGGCUAGUAAAUGUCACCUGCCAGCACUAAAUUUUUUUUUAUCAUGAUGGUCCCUCAGUAUCAUCUUGUGCAGUAAGACAAGGAGAACUAAAACAAACAAACAAACAUAAAACAAAAACCCCACAACAAAAAAACCCAAAACCCUAUAGUGCAACUGCUGCUGGCACAAAUGCUAGAUGCCAGCUACAAUGUAUUCAUAACAGAAUUGAUGCAUAUUUAGAUAUUGGUAAGCAUCAAACUCUCCACUUAAAAAUUAGCAGUUUUGCAGCCUCCAGGAAAUUUACAGCUCUAAAGAAGAACUCUGGAACUUGUGACUGUUCUUACAAAAUGUUACAAAACCUUUCAAGCCUUUGUUUUUGGCAUCCAAUGUCUAUGGUAGACCCAAGUAUUUAUAUUAAGGAGACCAUGUUUAUAUAAACCAGGUCUAAGUGAAAGCCAUGGUUUCCUUUUUAUCUUCUAGACAUUUUCAAAAUAUGUCUGCAGAGAAUCAAAAUCCAGACUUAUCUUAGUGUACUAUCAAAAGUAUGUUUAUCUGCAUGGACCUUUUGCCCAAACCUAGGGUUGUGUUCUCCACCUUUCCAUGCUUGUUCAAAGCUGCCAGUAUAUAGGCAAAAUCCCACUAAAAGCUCUGUGUUCAGCUGUACUUACUCUACUCACUCAAACAGUGUCUGUGGACUUUGUUGACAUCUGCAUUGAACACCGUUGGAGUGAGGGAAGACUUGUAGAAAAAAUAAGAUGGACACAGUUUGCCUGCAGUUAAUCUGAGGUUUAGAUAAAGACAGAAAAAAAAUCUGUCUUAAGAGAGAAAACCCCAGAGAUAGUAAAUGUGAGACCUGGAAACACAAGCCAGUAGGCACGUAACCUAAUAAUGAGAACAGACAGCUGUUGCCAAAUUACAAACAUGGUAAUUUCUUGAUAGGGUUAAAACAGAACCUCUGCAGAGUAGAGGUACCAAAAUACUUAGGUCCUGCCCGGUGCUUGUUUCUUUUUGAGAUAUAUAUGUUCCUAAGUCUUGUUAUGUUCUUCAGAUGCCAACAUACACAUUUUGCAUGGCUUUCACUGAGAAACAGCAAUGCAUUUUUAUUGGUCUCAGUAAGGAGGAUAAAAUUUCAAAGCCACACAUUUAACAAAACAAUGAUGUAAAGAGUGUUAAAACUUGUUUGACAACAGAACAGGUCACGGAAACCAAAGGGAGAAUUAAGCUAAAGCUGGGUGACUCAUUCUGCUGCCACAUUUUGUGGGAAACAGUACAGAUGACUCAGAAAAGGAAGGUGGCCUCAGAUUUUCAGGUUGAGAUGCAGAGUUGCAUUUCAUGUAGUUAUCAUGAAGGUCAAAUAACAUAUAGGUUGAAUGACAGCUUGUCAGCCAUCGUCUUUUUUAUUCCAUGAGGCAAAACCUACCCAACACACCCAGACAUAUAUUCAUUAAUUUUUUAUGACGUGAAGAAUGUAAAGAUUAUAAUUGGUAUAUGUUUGUGUCCUUUGUGGCUGGAUUGGUGUGUUAACUGCUUCUCAGUAAAGUUCUGCAGAGUUAAAAGAUGCCAGGUUCCUUUGAGAUAAAUGUUUUCCUUUGCAUUGUGUGGGCAGCAACAACAAAGCAAAAAAACUGACUAUUUUGCUGUAAAAGGGAGUUUGAUGGUACACUUGUUAUUUAUUAAUAUUUACUACUUUUAGGAACAUUUUUAACUGAGAUUUGCAGAAAAAAAUAAUGUAUGUGGAAAUAUUGUGACCAUUUAUAUUCCCAACCACUUUUGUGAAACUCAAGUUUUUGUCUGUCUGCUGAUUGUGUAAUUUUGGUUAUAGAGGCAAUUUUUGUCUCCGAGGCAGUCCUCAUGCAACAGAAUUUGGAAUAUAACUGUCAUGCAACUGUUUUCUGAUUAUUCAGUUUGUAUAUGAUUAACCAAAGUAAUAAAAUCAUUAGCAUUA